AUUCUUUUUUAUUUGUCGCUUGAGACGGGAUAUUUCUUGCAACUGGCUCGCUCUGGCAACGGCCACUGAGCGAUUGCUCAUUUCGAUUACGAGAAAGGGGGAAGGGACUGGGAUGGAAUACAUACACGAUUAUGCUGGCUUGGGACUUUUUUUUCUUUUUUUUGGGACUUGGCGUUUUGGUUUGGAUUCUGGGUUGGGUUCACGAUCAUGUUAUGACCAUGGGGAUAUCAGAUUCGAUUGAGAGGCACACGGUGUUUUUUCUGCAUACACGAUUGGGAAAUCACGGGUGGGUCAUUACUUUUGUACCAGCUGUAUUGCUUUUUGUUUAGUCAUCAGUACCUUUUUUUUUUGGAAGGAUUGCUUCGCGAUCGUG